UGUUGUUAUCUCCUCUCAAAAAAAAAAAAAAAAAUGAGCAACAUGACUGAUUCUCUCGAACUCUCAUCUCUUACACUUGAAGACCCAUGGCCUGCUUUCUAGCCUAAAUUUCCUCGAGAUUUUUUUUUCUUAAAAAAACACAAGAAAGCUAGAAUCUUUUUUCUUCUUUCUGAGUCUUUCUUCUUUUUUUUUCUUCAUCUUAUAAAACGUUUUCUAAAAAUCAUGGGUACUGGAGAAAUAUCUCUGAAAAACUUCCAUUUACAUCGCAAACAAACGGUCAAAAUCAAAGAUGUUCCAAAAGGAUGUUUAGCGAUCAAGGUUGGAUCACAAGGAGAAGAGCAACAGAGAUUUAUAGUUCCUGUUUUGUACUUUAAUCAUCCAUUGUUCAUGCAGCUCUUGAAAGAAGCAGAAGAUGAGUAUGGAUUCGAUCAAAAGGGCACCAUCACAAUUCCUUGUCACGUGGCAGAGUUUCGUUACGUUCAAGCUUUGAUUGAUGGAGAGAGAUCGGUUUAUAAUGGUAAUAAUAACCAUCAUCAUAGACAUAGCGGUCGUGACCAGUAUCAUCACCUUGUUGGAUGUUUCAGAGCUUGAUGAUUGAUGAGUGAUGAAGAUGAAUAGAUGGUGGUCAACAAUUGUCUGUCUAAAAUUUUUAAUCUUUUCUUUUGGUUGAUCUUGUGGAGUUGUGGAGCCAAAAAUGGCCUAACCCAAGAAUGAAGUGAAUUUUCAGAAUUUUUAUCGGUUUUAGUUUAUUUCUGUAAUUUUCAUGGUUUCAAGAUAAAAGGAAGUUACGUUUCUGAUUU